ACGGCAGUGCCGGAAGUGACGUAUAAUGCAGCGGCCGCCGGUGUCCCCCAUGUGGAAGCGGGCGCCGCGGGCAAUAGCAGCACGGGUGGCUGGAAGGGUCUUUUCGCGCCUGACAUGAAUCCGUUCGCCUGGUACCCGCCGCCGCCUCCCAUGUUCAGGCCUCCUGUGUUCUGCCCGCCCCCCGCCUGGGACCCCGGCUUCUGGGCGCCGCCGCCUGGGGAUUAUCCGCCGCCCGGCGCAUGGUACCAGCCCUCACCGGCGUACGGGGAGCUGCCGGGAGCCCCGCACCCAGGUGGAAAUUGCCAUUUCACCCAAGAAUGGCAAGUUGAACCAACACCUGCAUUUUUUAAACAUUCUCCAGGUGGAAACUUCAAGCAAAAGAACAAAAGAAAAAAAGAACCAGUUUUCUCUCAUUACUGUGAUACUUGUGAUCGUGGCUAUAAAAACCAAGAAAAAUAUGAUGAACAUGUUGCACAGCAUACACAGUGUGCAGAAGAUGGUUGCAGUUUCAGUGCACAUGAGAAGUUGGUUCAGAUUCACUGGAAGAAUAUGCAUGCUCCUGGUGCUAAAAGAAUACAAUUAGAUACUCCAGAGGAGAUUGCUAAAUGGAGAGAGGAAAGAAAAAGAAAUUUUCCUACCUUGGCAAACAUUGAAAAGAAGAAAGCAUUACAGAUAGAAAAAGAGGAGAGAGGAGACGUGCUGACAACUGCACAGUUUGGCAAAAUGAAGGGAAUGUGGAAAGCUCCACAAGAUGAAGAGAUUUCUGGGUGGCAAGGAAGACAGAAGAAAAAGCAGAAGCGUCAAUUCUGGAAGAAGUUUAAGAAAGGUGAUGGAAAUGAUGCAUCUCUGCUGAAAGCGCAAAAUGCAGCUAGUGGACCAGAAAAUCAUACGUUUGUUAAGAAACCUGAAAAACAAUCUGUUUCAGAUGCGCAGACCUGUAUGAAGGAUGUGGAUCCACUUGGCAUUCUGGCAAAUAGUGAUGCUGAGUCAGACAAGGAUGGAGCAGCUGCAGAGGAUGGAAAGUUGGGACUGACUGUCAUUCCGAAGCAGGUAACCUCUGCCCUGAGUUCACUGGUGACCAACUAUGGCAGCACAUCAGAUAGCGAGAGCGAACCAGAGGAAGUUCCUGCCAAGAUUGUAGCAAAAGCUCUUAAGGAAAAUCAGACUAUCCUCCGAAAUAUCCCUCAAGCUUCAAAUAUCCCUCAAAGUCCAAAUAGCAUAAAUCGCAAGGAACGUGCAGAAUUUGCAAGUGCAACGUUGGCGAGCUCAAAUGCAAACAAAGGGCAUUGCAGAGGUUCUGACAGACGGAGGAAGAAGUCGCUCCCUGUACUGCCCAAACGUCGUCCAACACUGCUGGAAAUGUUAUUAGCCCAGGACAUACGACACGAAAGGAAUGUGAUUCUGCAGUGUGUUCGAUACGUCAUCCGAAAUGAUAUGUUUGGACUUCACUUAAAGACAGAACCAGUAGCUGAAACUGACAGUGGACAGGCUUCUAGAGCUGCAGCGGAGUUUUUGACAGACAGACCUGAUGAAUCUAAUGUUUCUUGUAGCUCUGACCUUCAAUUAGCAGAAGGAGAACAAGAUGCAUUAUUUAUAGCUCAAAGUGAAAAAGCAGUUAUAGGUCAGGCGUCACAGAUGAUUCACUAUAUAGAUGAGGAGACAUGGGAAACCCCAGCAAGGCAAUGUGAAGAAAACUGACAUUAUGGUAUGCCUGUGUCAUGGAGGGUAAACCAAAGGCUCAACUUUUUGUAUUUCACUGAAAUAUUUUUUGACAAUAGAAUAGAAAAAAAUAAAUCUUAUCUUUUUGUAUUUUAAGAACCAUUAAAACCACUUUUCAGAACACUCUGCCAGAAGUGACCCUUUCCUUGUGGAAAUUGCAUCCAUUUCAGACGGCUCGUUGCCUUCUACUUGAAAAGCUCAGUGUAGUGGAGCAUAGUUAAUCUUUCUUCAGUAGCGGUGUUUGUUUGCCCAUGGGAUUGAAUUGAGGACUCUUCAUUACAGAAUAUGUCAGUGUUUUAAAACCAUAAUCACAGCAAAAUGAUGCUGUUGAUAAUGGUGCUCUCUAACUUGCUCAGACAACCAGUUGUCACUGGAGGGUUAGUGGGCCUCUGAAGGUUUUGGAAUAAAUUUUUUAAUACAUCUCUCAGCUGUUGUUAGUUUAAAAUAAAAAAUUUACAGAAUAGUUGGUUUGGGUCUAAAACUUUCACACUGAAAUCUACCACUAGUGCAAUAAAUGAGUUGAGCAGAGAGAAUGGAAGCACAGUUAAGGUGGUGGCAGCUUUAGAUGGGGAGUUAAAUAGAGAGUAGAAAGUUGUUUGUUUGAAAUUAUUCAUUAAGUGACAAACCAGUAGCUACUGCUACCUUUUAUGCAUCCUUUAAUAACUGCCUGUAACUUUAGACAUAGCUUCACCUCAAGCCUUAACUGCUGUGGCUGGUCAUUGCUUGGCUGAACUAGCUCUUGAAAUGGAUCCUUAUUUCUUGUAGGAAUGAGUGCUAUAUUUUACUCUGUAUUUAAAUUAUAACUUGGAGUUAAGGAAACUUCCUAGGAUGAGUUUCUGUUUAUCUCCCCUAGUUAAUAUAAAAUUAAGACUGUUAUCUGGCAUUCUAUAACCUGUUUUUUCUGAUUCAUUUUUAAAAUGCCGGUGACACAUCCCGUGGAUUUCCUUGGAAUUGUGCUAUUAAUGUCACUCGUACAAAAUGUUCAUUCCUCUCCGUGGUUCCUGAAGUUAUAAAUCUCAUACAAGCUUUUAUGAGCUUUAAAGUUACAUUAGUUGAGGAUUUAAAAAUAAAUUCACCACCUUUUGGUUAAAUUGUGUAGACAUUUGUCAGGUACCGUCUUCUGAAGUUCAGCUGUCAGUUUGUCUCACUCCCAGUGGAAAUAUGGAAGUGACUUAGUCUGCUUAAAAAUAGUUCCCCACAUUCUGUAUUUUAGCCACAAUUAUUACAUAUCGUAGGCUCAGUUUCUAAAUUAAAUUGCCUUCUCAGGAAAUACAUUGAUCUUUCUUUGUUUUACUCAUUCUGGUACAAGUACACCCCUCUAUGUAACCUGCGGAAUAUUAAGGACCAUAGGCUUUUUUUGUAUUAUCCAAUAGCUGUAUGUAUUAAGUUAUCUUGUUCAGUUUUUAAAACCCUUGCCAGUUUUGUGGAAAUAAAUCUUGUUCAUGGAGUACAGGAGGCAGGGAAUAGCUGAAAAAUCCAUCUUUACUGCUCUACUAUAUAUAGCUACGCUGUAUACUAUGUUUGUAAGAUAGUGUUUACAUUUAUGGAAUUUAUAUAAAUAUUGGCACUCAUGUAGGAGGGUGGUGAGUCCUAGGAAUGUGUAUAUGUAACAGAUUAUUAAAUACAGCAAUCAUCAACUUGUUAUAUAUGUACUUGCAAGCCAGAUGUCUGAUCGUUCCCAUGGUGGUCCCACAUACCGUCACUUCAUUUUAUUACCUUGAGUGUGGCUCUUACACAGUUUACUGCAGUGAAAAAUAAACAGUGAAAAUUUA